AUGGAUCAGCAUGAAGAAGCUAUAAAAAUUUCAAAUCUAGCUAUAAAGAUUGAUCCUUCACGUUUCGGAUCUUAUCUUAUAAAAGGUUAAAUUUUUACUUAUUUUUAGCCAUCAGUUAAAUCAAAUAGCAUCAUUUUGAAGAUGCUAUAGCUUCAUUGAACAGUGUUAUUCU